AUGGAACUCGAAACCCUCCCACGAACCAAAUCUCCCAUUGAGAAUGACGAGGCCACUAUCGUGAUUGCCACCCCUGAAGACAGUCAUCACGAUUCUCCCGAUAAGACGCGUAAAAGUGCGAACUUGCGCGGACAUGUCCAGUUUGCUGCGGUUUGGUGGACUAAAUUUCUCAACGGAUGGAACGAUGGCAGUUCUGGGGCCCUAUUGCCCAGAAUACAGGCGGUGUAUCAUGUCAACUUCGUCAUAGUUUCUCUCAUAUUCAUCAUGGCUUGCGUGGGAUUCGUAGUCGGAGCUCUUAUAAAUGUCCCAUUAUUGGACAGGAUCGGGUUUGGUAAAGUCCUUGUUAUCGGCGCGCUAUGCCAAGUGGUCGUUUACACCCUACAAUCCGCGGCACUUCCCUUCCCCGCAUUCGUAAUGACAUUUACAAUCAACGGUAUCGGUAUCGCUCUGGAGGACGCCCAAGUCACAAGUUACGUUGCGAGUCUCAAGGACCACCCCGAUAUCAAGAUGAUGUUACUUCAAGCCGGAUACGGUGCAGGCGCGUUUUCCGCCCCUCUAGUCGCCACACAGUUUUCACAAAUGACUCACUGGAACUUUUUCUACCUCACAUCCCUGGGGAUCGCCGUGACUAACGUCAUUGUUCUGUGGAGCGUGUUCCAACUGAAGCCGCUCGAAGCCUGUUUUGCGCAAAUCGGUCAGCUACCUGAAGAACACCAUCGUGAUACAGGAAGAAGUGGUCACAAUAAGAUGCGCCAGUUCCUCGGGAUGGGAACUGUGCACAUGCUGGCCGCCUUUUCUCUCGUGUAUGUCGGUACUGAAGUGACGAUUGGAGGCUGGAUCGUCACUUUCAUUGAGCAAGUACGCGGCGGAGGCGCCUCAUCUGGUUACAUCUCGUCCGGUUUCUUUGGUGGGUUGAUGGUUGGGCGUCUCGCCCUUCUGUGGGUGAAUCGAACGCUGGGCGAUCGCAUUUCGCUAUACCUGUAUUCGUUCAUUGCCAUCGGCCUGGAACUCAUCGUAUGGUUCGUUCCCUCUCUCAUAGGAGGUGCCGUUGCAGUCUCUCUCGUAGGGUUCGUCCUCGGACCGAUGUACCCCAUCCUGAUGAGCCAUACUGGACGCGUCCUCCCUCGAUGGUUGCUAUCUGGUUCUAUCGGCUGGAUCGCAGGCUUAGGUCAAGCAGGCAGCGCGCUUUUCCCAUUCAUGACUGGGGCCGUCGCAAACAAGGCGGGAAUUGAGAGUCUACAACCCAUGCUCAUAGGGUUUUUAAGCCUGAUGGUGGGCCUCUGGGCAUUAGUACCAAAAGAGGCGAGAAGGCCGGACUAA